UUGAAGCUUUCGAUUUGCGAUCCUUGUCCACCGAUCGUCUGCCCAUGGCCGCCGCCAAUUCGUCUCGUUCACCCUCGACUUUGAAUAAAAAACCGCCAUUGAGUGAGUUGCUGAACAAGCCGCUCGGUCCGGAAUGGUUGAGUUAUCGAGCGGGACCAGGGGGGCAGUUCACCUACAUUGAAGGCAAAACAGCUAUUAAUCUGGCCAAUGACCUGUUUGGGAACAGCGGCUGGUCAUCAGAGAUCAAGAACACCACCGUCGACUUUGUCGAUGUGAGUGAUAAUGGUCGAGUCAGUUUAGGCGUUUCAGCUACGGUGCGUGUUACUCUCAAAGACGGUGCAUUUCACGAGGAUAUUGGUUACGGAUCUGCCGAAAAUCAACGUAACAAAGCAGCCGCAUUGGAAAAGGCAAAAAAGGAAGCAUGUACGGAUGCAUUGAAACGAUGUUUGCGCAUGUUUGGCAAUGCUUUGGGCAACUGUAUCUAUGAUAAACAAUAUCUCAACAAUAUACGCAAAGUGGGGAAUGCGCAGAUUAAAUUCGAUGCAGACAAUCUGUACCGUCACAAACAAUUUGCACCACCUCCAGUUACAUCAUCACCUUCAACGGCGGCGGUCAUGAAAACGACCAACUCUAUCAUUCCCUCUCCGGCCAAUCACUCGCCUUCCAUACCAGCAAAGGCUCCAUCCAACGUCGCAACCGCAGCCACGACCACAGCCGCGACUGCCGUUUCGUUACCUACGGUAGCCCCUGCUUCCAAACCUAUUUAUGCCUCUGUCCAACCACAAACGUAUUCUCCUCAGAUAUCCAACAUGCCAACCAACACAUCAUCUCCCUCCAUCAACACAACGGCACAAAACUCUCUAACAUCAUCCUCUCACACAAACAGUCCUAUACCUCCGGUGGACGACGGAUUCUCUUAUGGCGAUGAUGAUUCGUUAUUUACGCAUUUGGCGGGUCAACCGGAAUUUGACAAGGCGGAUAUAGAACUGAUGGCGGUUAUUGACCAGGCAGAGAUGUUGAAUAAUCUAAAUGCGGCUGAACACGAUGCCAAAGUCACCCUCGUGAAAAGUGAAACAGCCUUAGAUCCUAUCUCUAUUUCAGCCAUUCCAGCUCAAGAGCGGCCCUCGUUCAAUCCGCGUACAAACAGUAACCGAAAGGUUACGCAGCAGUAAGUGAUGAUUGGUGAAUGAUCGCCGAAAAGCCGCUGACGGAUUACACAUCUGGAUUCCAACCGAUUCUAGUCCGCCACCGUUAUCAGAUUCAGAUUAUCGGGCAAAGAGAACUCGUUACUGAAACCACCGCCAACGGCCCUUGAAAAUAUCGUUCGAUCCCCAAAUCCUUCUUUCGCCAUCUGCAACACCCAUGUACCAUGGUUCGGCCAACGUGAGCAACUGUAUUAUCAUCAUAGAUUCGUUUCAAAGAAUUUCUACCGUGGCAAUAAAGUGCAUAUCUCAUCAUCACAUAGUGUAAUUUCAGCAAACGUCAUGGAUAAAGAAUGAUCCUUUCGACCAUCCAAUAGAGGAGAAGGAAAAAAAAAAAAGAAUCACGACCCGAUCAGUCGGCUGAAUAUUUUUUGUGCCUGAUCCG